AUUUUGAUUUUAGAAAUUAUAAAAAAGAAAGAAAGAAAGAACGAGGGAAAAGAGAAAGGAAAGAUACAAAGAUGGUUUAAUAGUUUAAACCUCAUCAUUUGCUGCUUGCUGUCUGGCUGCUGUUUCUAUUUUCUUUCUAACCAAACACCUCUCUCUCUCUCUCUCUCUAAUCCCUCUAAACAAAUUCCUCUCUUUUUUCUCACAUCUUUUAUCCAUUUCUCUCUUUCUUUCUUUUCCCACCUUCCUUCACGUUUCCUUCCUCCGCCUUUUCUCUUCCUUUCCUUCUUUCUCUGUUUCUUUCCUUCUCUUUUCUCAUAAAUCCCAUAUGAAAGUCUUGCUAUGUCCCGUGACUCCAACUCUUCCUUCUUCCUUCUCUUACCUUUCCUCCCUUUUCCUCUCAUGAGUACAGCUUUUCCUUCCCUUUUUCCUCUUUUCUACUUCUAUUUUCUGCUCAAACUUACCAUCAUCACCAUCAAGGAUCAUGCAGUCUCCACAGCCCCUCCGUAACGGCGAGACUCCGUCGCCCCACACGCGGAUCCCGCCUCCACACUUCCACUCCACUGUCUCCGUACAGAAGCUCAAACGAUUUAACUCACUGAUUCUGGUGUUCCGACUCGCUACUUUUUGCUUUUCUCUCACAUCCGCUGUUUUCACGCUCACUAACUCCAGAGGAUCCGAUUCCCCUCAUUGGUACGAUUUCGACGCUUUCAGAUACGUUUUCGCCGCAAAUGCAAUUGUCACUCUUUACUCUAUCUUCGAAAUGGCCGCCUCUAUCUGGGAAAUUUCUAGAGGCGCCACUCUCUUCCCCGAAGUCCUCCAAGUCUGGUUCGACUUCGGCCAUGACCAGGUGUUCGCAUACAUGCUAUUGUCGGCUGACUCGGCGGGGACGGCGCUGGCGAGGACGCUGAAGGGCGGUGACACGUGUACGGUUAGCAAUGCAUUCUGCGUGCAAUCAUAUAUCGCGAUCGCUUUGGGAUUUGCCGGGUUUAUCUUCUUAGGGUUAUCGUCUUUGCUGUCGGGUUUUCGGGUCGUAUGUUUUAUAAUUUACGGCUCUCGAUUUCAUCUUUAGAUUAGAUGGAGAAUUUAUAAUAUUUUGAGUGGUAAUUUUUUUAAAAAAACUUUUUUACUGUGUGAGGGUACUGAUUGCUGAGCUGAUGACUGAUACGGUGUGAUAGUGUGUCGUUUUGGUUUUUCAUUUUUAGUUCGUACCUUUUUUAUGACCGUGUACAUGGGAUUUUUUUUUCUGUAUUCUUUUUUCUGUAAUAUUUUAUUAACUAAUUAAUUAGCUUGAAGUUGAUGCAAUUUCAGAAGAGGCAAUUCGUGUU